UCCAGACCGGGCCUGGCUAGACCUGUAUGCCCUUCCUCUCUCUGCUGCUUCAGUGUCUCCCCCCGUCUCUCGCUGUCUCUCCCUGCAUCAUGGCGGACCCAGCCGCGGGCUGGUGGAAGCUCACCUUCCUCCGGAAGAGGAGGUCCCAGCCUAAGGUUCUGUACGAGAUCCCAGGGGAAUACGCCUCCAACUCCAACAGCCCAACCUACACUUCCCCUUCCACCGCCUCCACCGCCAGUCAGCCGGCCACAGCAGCAGCAGACGGGGCCCAGGACUCUAAGCUGAACGCCAGGCUAGAGAGGAUCGUAGACAAGACCACCACGGCCACCAGGGGGCGCCACGUCAAGGUGUCGCACUCUGGGAGGUUCAAGGAGAAGAGGAGGCCGAGGGCCUCGUUGGGCAGGGACACAGAGGGGUCCGGGGGGGAGGAAGGCGGAGGGACUCGAACCCACAAGCAGGACCAGACAGACUGA